CUUGUGCCACCGGGGCGUGGCGACAAGCCGCAACGCGACGUGCUCCUCCCCGGAACAGCGCCACCCAACCACGCCACGAGCCGACGACCGCCGCCGCCGCCGCCCGCCCCGAGUCCGUCCAGCACCUUCUCCUCUCUCGCUUCUUCCUCCGCAUUAUUCUCACGCGCUCCUCCCAUCUUCCUCGGCACCGCGAGAAGAACCCGUCCGCCCACCGCGCGGAGGUGGCCGGCCGGCUGACGCCGGGUUACGUUCGGCAGCAGGAAAACCGUUAGUUGCUACUACAAGGCGGAGAAUGGAGGCUGCGGCAGCGGCUCCAGCGCCAGCGGCGGACAGGGACCCGGCCGCGGAGCACCACCACGGGUGUCUGGCCGUCAGGACAUCGCUGCCGCGGUGCGCCCUCGGCACCGGCAGCGGCGGCGGCUCCUCGCUGCCUGGAUCUUCCGAUGAAGCGUCAUGUGGAUCACCGAGAUGGAUAGGGAGAGGCCUCUCUUGUGUGUGCAUCAAGCGAAAAGGCACAUAUGAAAGAAUAUGCAUGAACCUCACACCAGUGCAGGAAGAAAGGCUUCAGAGAUUGAAGCAUCGCAUGAAGGUUUACUUUGAUCCAUCUAGACGAGAUCACCAGGAAGCCCUGAAAGCUCUUUGGCAUGCAACAUACCCUGAUCAAGAACUUCAAGGUUUGAUAUCUGAACAGUGGAAGGACAUGGGUUGGCAAGGAAGAGACCCAUCAACUGACUUUAGAGGUGCAGGAUUCAUAUCUCUGGAGAAUCUUUUGUUCUUUGCCAAGACAUUCUCCGCCUCAUUUCAGAGACUUCUAAAGAAACAGUGUGGUAACAGAGCCACAUGGGAGUACCCAUUUGCAGUUGCUGGUGUAAAUAUUACAUUCAUGAUCAUGCAGAUGCUCGAUCUCCAGUCAACUAAGCCAAGAACAUUUGUACGAGCCAUUUUUAUCCAAAUGCUCUCAGAGGAUGAGUGGGCAUUUGAUCUGCUCUACUGCGUUGCAUUUGUUGUGAUGGACAAGCAGUGGCUGGACAAGAACGCGUCUUACAUGGACUUCAAUGAAGUGCUGAAGUCGACAAGAGCCCAGCUGGAGAGAGAGCUUAUGCUGGACGAUGUCAUCCGUAUCGAAGACAUGCCAUCAUACAGCCUGCUUUGCUAGUAACCAAAAUACCGAAUUCGCUGCAGAACAGAACUGAGCUGAUGGUUCAAUUGUAUAGGACCUCCCUUUCUCUGAUUUCUCGGAGAAAUUUUCUAGCAACAAAGUAGAGUGAUGAUGUACUGGUAUCAUGCUGAAUUUGGGCCUCUGUACUCUGUAGACAACUCAUCUGCAUAUUUACCAUACCGAAUUAAUAUUGCCGUAAUUCGGUGCUAAUGAUGAUGAUAUGCAUAUUCUCAGAA